AUGAUGCCGCCGCCGAAUCUCACCGAGGACCCCUUCAUCAACCAGGUCUUGACUUAUCCCCUUAGCGACCUCGAGGAUUGUGCGAUCGCGAUCGAUGCCACGUACUGGCUCCAGCUCCAUCUCGAUGUUCUCCCCGGCAACGAGCCCCUGCUGCCCGCCCUGGGUGGGCUGACUGGCAUCCAGGCGCGUAUCGAGAAUGAGUUGGAUCAGUGGAAGCUCAAUAAGAUGACCCCAUUCUUCAUCUUUGACGGCCAGGCAAUCGUGGGACAGGACGAGGUGGCAGUUCGGCGUGGCCUGGAUCUCAACCUUAAGACGGACGGCGCCUGGGAGCUAUACUUCAACAGCCGUGCCGACGAGGCUGUCCAUGCUUUCGGUCAGACCAUCAGUGCCUUUCCCACUCGGGCGCUUUAUCCCCUACUCCAGUCCAUCCUGAGGCAGCGAGGCCUGCACUUCCUAGUGCCUCCCUUCAACGCUGCUGCCCAGAUGGCAUACUUCGAAAUGAUCGACUCGGACCAGUGUGCCGGCAUCAUGGGCUCGACCGAACUCCUGCUGUAUCCCAUCCGGGAUUGCAUUAUUCGCAUGAUCGACUGGGAUAACAAGAUGGUCUAUGCAAUCUCCAAGAAGAAUAUCUUAAAGACGCUGAAUGUCAGCGAGUCUCUCUUCAUUGACGCGUUCCUUAUGACUGGAACGUCCUUCCUGCCGCCUUUCCCUCCGCUGGCCGACCAGACGAUCAUUAAGGCGUCACGCUAUACGGUAGUUGACGCAUGCACCAUGCUGCGCACCACUGAGAAGUCGGUCACCAUAGCCUGCACCAGUUUCAAUGAUAUCCUGAAGGCUCAUGAUCCCAACUGGCUGGAGAAGUACCGCAAGGCGCGCAUGGCCGUCGACCACUUUAUUUAUAUUGCCGAAAACGGCGAGGUCAAAGUCAAUGACUAUGACCAUCUCACAAAGGACAACCACGAGUAUCUUGGCUUGCAACUUCCUGCCGAACUGUUCCACUAUCUCAACACCGGUUUGAUCGGUCCUCGUGUUCUUACCUGGAUUACCCAUGGUCAACUGCAAGUCCUUCCUACGUUGGAUGGGGUUGCCUCGGAGGAGUACAAAAAGUUGGUCACUUCACAAUCGGUCCGUAUCAAGGAGGCAGCGCUAAGCCUGGUCAUUCCUCGCCUUAACCGCGGCAUCGGAUAUAAGAAUAUCACCAUGAAGGUCUGGUACGACCGCAAUUAUUCAUACACUGUUUGGGAUCGCCAUGAGCCCAAGACCAGCUAUGCUCCCCAAGUUAGCAGCUGGAGUGUGAAGGAGGAGUCAUUCUCUGCACAUUUCCCCCAGUUUUCCCACGGUUCUAUUCUGUCUGAGGUGCUUGCGCUGCAGAAGCCCGAGUUUGUUCCCCUUACCCGCUCAAGCCCCAGCUCCAAGCUGAAGAGUGUUGAGUCGGCCGCGGUCAUUAAGUCAAUCACCCUCUGGAGGUUUCUGCACAUCCGGGGCUAUGUCGAUGAUCAUCAUGAGCUGACCGGUUGGGGCAAGGCCCUGGCUGCGGCCCUCGCCGCGAUCAAGCCCACAGUUGAGAAGUUCCCUGAUUUCCCCAACCUCUAUGAGUCCAUUCUUGUUGCAUUCGAGCUGAUCCGUUUCGAUCUGCUCAAUGCCAAGAACAAACAUGAGGAGCUGCGUGGUCUGCCGCUCAACGGCUCUGAGGAGGACCAGUCGAGCCUGCUACUGAUCAGCCGCUGCGCUACGCUGCUCAAGCUGAGGCACGAGGCCAAUGGGUACACUGGCCCUCUCAGCAAGAACCUGCUGCACUUCCGCACUCUGGUCUCAGAGGUUCGGUCAGCUGAUCGCGACUUGAUCGAGGCCAUUCUGGCGUCCAUGUUUAUGUAUGCACAGGCCAAGCGGAAGCGCGAUGACGGUUGGGAACUGAGCCAUCAGCUGCCAUUCCUUUAUGACCCCGACGUCGCCCUCGGCAUCGCGGUCAAGACCUACUUCGACGACAUCCUGCCCAACGACCCCAACAAGGCCCAGAAGAAGGCGGCCUUCCCUGGUACUUAUGUGCCUUAUGCCCUGAACUUCGCUGAAGACCUGGACAUCGCCUGCAGUUUCUUUGAUGCUGUUUAUGCCGGCAUCCAGACGCUGGAUGCCAAGGAUCUGCCUGUUGCUGAUCGCGCAGUCUGGGAUAAGGCCGCUAAGUACCUGGAGCUGAGGAGGUAA